AUGGUCAAGGCUUGCGACCAAUGUCAACGACAAGGUUCAAUCUCCAAGAGGCAUGAAAUGCCAAUGCACUUUGUGGUGGAGGUAGAGAUCUUCGACGUAUGGGGAAUCGACUUUAUGGGUUCCUUUGUAAGUUAUUGUGGGAUGAAAUAUAUCUUGGUAGCUGUGGACUACAUGUCCAAGUGGGUUGAAGCAGUUCCCUUACCAAACAAUGAGGCAAGGAGUGUGACCGCCUUCUUGAAGAAAAACAUAUUCACUCGGUUUGGCACUCCUAGAGCCAUUCUUAGUGACGGUGGAUCUCAUUUCUGUAACAAGGCUUUCUCGGGGCUACUUGAGAAGACCGACUGGUCAAGGAAGCUAGAUGAUGCAUUGUGGGCAUACCGCACGGCAUACAAGACUCCCAUUGGCACUUCUCCUUAUCGGUUAGCCUUUGGUAAAGCAUGUCAUCUACCCGUGGAGUUGGAACACAAAGCGAUGUGGGCAUUGAAAAGGCUGAACUUAGACUGGGCUAAAGCUGCAAAUUUGAGGUUAACACAACUCAAUGAAAUUGAGGAAUUUCGGUUCCAUGCUUAUGAAAGUGCAGCUGUUUACAAAGAACGGAUGAAGUUUGUCCAUGACAAGAAGAUCUUGAAAAGAGAGUUCAAGGCGGGUGAUCUGGUCUUACUCUUUAAUUCGAGGCUCAAAUUGUUUCGGGGCAAGCUUAAAUCAAAAUGGUCCGUCCCAUUCAAGGUGGUAAAUGUAUCUCCUUAUGGAGCGGUGGAAUUAGAAUCAACGGAUGGGUCCCGUACAUUCAAGGUAAAUGGCCAACGCAUCAAGCAUUACUUGGGCACUGAUGGAGAAAAACAUUUGGUGGAGCAGCUGGCUCUCAAAGAUGGUCCAUGCCCGACCAUUGAGUGA